CAGACCAGCUCCUCCCUCCAGAACCAACUAUGGCCAGCAAAUCCGCCCAAAAUGACCUCCCAUCAGAAUCGAACACAUACAAUGAUGAGGUUCUCCGGAUUGUGAUGGUGGGGAAGACCGGAGUUGGAAAGAGCGCCACAGGAAACACCAUUCUGGGAAAAGAGCACUUUAAAUCAGAGUUCUCUUUUGAAUCCUGUACUGUAAACUGUUCUAAUGCCUUUGGUAAAGUUGAUGAACAAAGAGUUAAGGUUAUUGACACUCCUGGUCUGUGUGACACCAAGGUUGUAGAAGAGGAGACCAGAAACGUUGUUGGCCAGAGCGUUUCUUUUGCUUCUCCUGGACCCCAUGUCUUCCUGGUCGUCAUCAAACUGGGCAGAUUCACAGAGGAAGAAAAGCAGACGGUGCAGAAGAUUCAGGAAAUCUUUGGAAAGGAAGCAAACAAAUACAGCAUGGUUCUCUUUACCCACGGUGAUCUGCUCAAAGGGACUCCCAUGGAGAAAUGCUUGAAGAAAAGUGAAGAGCUGACGGACCUUGUGGACAGAUGUAACGGGCAGUACCACGUCUUCAAUAAUGACCUGAAGGAUCGUUCUCAGGUCAGAGAGCUGCUCGACAAGAUCAGAAAUAUAGCAGUGAAGAACGGAGGAAGCCAUUACACCACUGACAUGUUCCAGAAGGCAGAGAGGGAGAUAGAAGCGGAGAAACAGAGAAUCCUUAAAGAGAGAGAAGAGGAAAUACGCAAACAGGAAGAGGAAAUGGCAAAGAUAAUGGCAAAAAAGUAUGAGAAAUAAUUAAAAGAAGCCAAA